AUGACGAGGUUAGUUUGGAAAGAAGAGGCGGACGAUGAGAUGCAGCUCGAAUAUGCCGAUGCCGUCAAGGCCUUCCAAGCCAAGGUCCAUGAGUUCGGGUACCAAAUUGGAGCCGCGAGUGAUCGUACCGAAGCCUGGCGUCGCUACUUUGUCCUCAGCCUCAAGAGCCUUGCCAGAGACCUACCACCCAAUGAGCUUGACGCCGUGCAAGCAGCUGUCAAGGAGCUUGAACGUAAGGACAUGGAACUCGCAGCCAAGGCCGACGAAGAACGUGUCGACACUCCAACAAGUUCCGACAAGAAUGGUAAUGGCGAGCGACCUCGUGCCAAAGCCAAGAACAAGACCGUCUACAAGCCCGUAAACACUCCAUAUCGACACCGUCGGCCCCUACAGUAUAUCCGAUUCCAGAUUGCCGGCCAGUCUGGUAACAACACUAGCUCUUCUCCUGUCUAUCUGGACGCCUGUGGCCCUGCGACCGUCGCGGUUCUGGUCCAGAAGAAGGACGUGUUCGAUAUAUGUACUGUAGCCAACCCGAACAAGACCAAUAAGAAGAGAAAGGUAGCGAAGGAAGAACAAGAAGAAGAGGCACAGGUGGGGUACUAG